AUGGGCAGCAACGGUGCCUUGCCUCCAACUGCGAUCCCUACUGUGGAUAUAAGCCCGUUUCUGGACGAGAAUGCCUCUGCUGAGGCUAAGGAACAAGUCGUCACGGCUAUGAGCGAUGCAUGCCACACCUUUGGAUUCUUCUACCUUGUCGGCCAUGGCAUCCCCGAGGAAGACCGCCAGUCAAUCCUGAACUGCGCCAGACUAUACUUCUCCCUCCCUAAAGAAGACAAGAUGGAGACGUGGAUCGGAAAGGCCAUGGGCCGGUCGUUCCGAGGAUACGAGCCACCUGCUCUCCAGAUACACCAGGAAGGUCUUUUACCAGAUACAAAAGAGGGGUUUAUCAUCGGUCGCGAGACACCCGCCGAUGCACCCGAGGCGGGCACAUUCCACACGGGACCCAAUCAAUGGCCCAAGGCACUCGCCGACGAAGACUUCCGGAUCCCCGUGAUGAAAUAUCACGCAAAGAUGCUUGAGAUGGUAAAGGUAAUCCUCAAGAUCCUUGCUCGCGGUCUUCCCGAACAUUGGGGCUGUCCGCCCGACGUUUUCGAUGAGUUGACAGUUAACCCGUCGGCUCCGCUGCGUCUUUUGUACUAUGCCCCUCAAGCGGUUAAAAAUGAUAAACAGUUUGGAGUGGGCGACCAUACCGACUUCGGCAAUGUCUCUGUCUUGCUGCAGGAAGAAGGCAGAGAGGGAUUGGAAGUCUUUUACCCACCAACGCAGACUUGGGUUCCCGUUCCAGUGAAGGAACACUCCUACGUGAUCAAUAUGGGUGAUAUGAUGCAGAAAUGGACUGCUGGAUACUACCGGAGUGCACGCCAUCGUGUUGUUAAUCAUAAUACCAAGGCCCGAUACAGCACACCCUUUUUCCUGAACGGAAAUCUGGACCUCAAGUGUCACGCUUUAGAUGGUUCGGGAACUGAGACGGUCAUUGGGGAGCAUAUCCGACAAAGAUUGAUGGAGACUAUUGGGGGCGAAGCAGGCAGGAAACUGGGUCUUUAG